AUGAGAAUGAAGUCGUGGCCAAUAACCCGUCCGCGAAAGCAGCAGAAGGAGGAAGAUUCAGGCCGCUGUCGCCUUAUGGAACUGCCCACCGAGCUGCUGUUGGAAAUCAAUUCCCACCUCACCCUCAUCCCGGAAGCCGCUUUUGCGCUGACCUGCAAGCGCAUGUUUGCUAUAUCCGGGGAAAUCCUCGCCUCCAAGUCCCUGCGAUUUACUCGAGACUUUGCGCCACUUUUCCACCACUAUCGAAAUGGACAUAACUUCGUCACGCCGCGCUGGCAGUUUAUCAACCUAUUGGAAAAUACUCGCUGGCGUGCGUGCUCCAAGUGCCUGAAACUGCAUCCUCAGACUGCCUUUUCUCCCCGUGACUUGAAACGCAAAUCGGAGCAACGAACAUGCAAACUGGGUGAACUCGCCGGAAUCGUCGAUUUAUGCCCGUGCAAGAAGUUGACCUACCGAGAUAAGAUGGACCUCGUGGAUCAUCUCCGAGUACGAAAGAUCACUUUAAAUGCUCUCAAGUCUCAGUUCGGAGACAGGGUCGGAGACCGUUACUGCUGGCACUCCUGUGUCGAGAAGUACGGAUCGACCGAUUUGAAAAUAUCAUUGCUCCCCGAGCUCGAUGACGACGAUCAGCUGGUCAUCCGCACAGAGUACCAGCUUACAACCGAGUCGGGCCAGGUGGGCAAAGAAGAGUACAUGACACCCCGAUUCGGAUGUGCCCAUCGAUCUAUCGACCUGUGGCUGUCGAGUGUAUACCAGACCACCAUCUGCCGGCUAUUCGAUUCAUUCUGCUCGUCCUGCAAGCGCAUCUCCGUCUGCUCUGCGUGUAAUACAACAUUGAAGUGCCCUCGCAAACAACCGUUCAGCUCUGAAGAGUCGGGCAGGGCGACCUAUCAUUUCUGGACCCAGCGAUCUCUUGGAGGCUCUGAUCCGGUCCCGGAUGCGACUUGGGGGAAUCAAAGAAUUCACCCUGCUGAGCCCUCGGUUGGUGUGGAGAAUUGCAACGAGCUCUGCCCUUGGACGGUGCGAGAACAUCCUCCGCUUACUUUUGCGCCUAGUCUGGAUGAAGAAAUUAUUCGGCCGGCUAUGAAUGAGCAACCCAUCAAUUCAUUGUACUCGUCUAUUCGCAUGAUGUGA